AUGGGCUCGGGGCCGCCCCGCAGGAUGCGCUGCGCGGCCGGGCUGCUCUGCCUGGCCGCCUGGCUGUGCGCGGGGGGCGCCCGCAGCUGCCCCGCGCAGAUCCCCAGCUGCAAGUGUGUGGGGGAACGGCCCAAGGGGCUGGGCCUGCCCGGCGCGGCCCGCAGGAAGGUGAUCUGCAGCGACCAGGAGCUGCCGGAGCCGCCCGACCCCCGCCUGCUGCCCAACACCACGGUCACCCUGCUUUUGAGUAACAACAAGAUAACGGUGCUGAAGAAUGGCUCUUUCUUCGGACUGCGUGCUCUCGAGAAGCUGGACCUCAAGAAUAACUUGAUCAGCACGAUCCAGCCCGGCGCGUUCCUGGGCCUCUUGGAGCUGAAGCGCCUAGACAUCUCCAACAACCGCAUCGGCUGCCUCAGCGCCAGUGUCUUCCAGGGACUCGCCAACCUCCUCCGGCUGAAUGUGUCAGGGAAUAUUUUCUCCAGCCUCCAGCCCGGCGUCUUUGACGAGCUGCCAUCUCUGAAAGUCGUUGACUUUGCCACCGAGUACCUGACAUGCGACUGCAACCUGCGCUGGAUGCUGCCCUGGUCCAGGAACCGCUCGGCUCAGAUCUCCGACAAGACGCUGUGCAUCUACCCCAGCCCCCUGCAUGCCAAGCCGCUGAGGAGCGUCAGGGAGAGCCAGCUGCAGUGUGUGGGCGCUCCGGAGCUGCACACCCACCACCUGAUCCCUUCGCUGCGGCAGGUGGUGUUCCAGGGCGACCGCUUGCCCUUCCAGUGCACAGCCACCUACCUGGACAGCAGCACCCGCAUCCUGUGGUACCACAACCGGGUGCUGGUGGAGGGGGACGAGCAGACUGGCAUCAUCCUGGAGGAGAGUCUCAUCCAUGACUGCACCUUCAUCACCAGCGAGCUCAUCCUCUCCAACAUCCACGUCUCUGCCAACGGCGAGUGGGAAUGUGCCGUCUCCACCUCCCAGGGCAACGUCAGCAAGAAGGUGGAGAUCGUGGUGCUGGAGACGUCGGCCUCGUACUGCCCGGCCGAGAGGGUCACCAACAACCGUGGGGACUUCAGGUGGCCCCGCACCUUGGCCGGUAUCACUGCCUACCAGUCCUGCCUGCAGUACCCCUUCACUUCGCUGGCCGCGAACGGGGGCCCUGCGGCGGAGAAGCAGGCGUCGCGGCGCUGCGACCGCAUGGGGCGCUGGGAGGAGGGUGACUACUCGCACUGCCUGUACACCAACGACAUCACCCGCGUGCUCUACACCUUUGUGCUGAUGCCCAUCAAUGCCUCCAAUGCCCUGACGCUGGCGCACCAGCUGCGCGUGUACACAGCUGAGGCUGCCAACUUCUCCGACAUGAUGGACGUCAUCUAUGUGGCCCAGAUGAUCGAGAAGUUCAUUGGCUACGUGGACCAGAUCAAACAGCUCCCAGACGUCAUGGUGGAGAUGGCAAGUAACAUGAUGCUGGUGGAUGACCACAUCCUGUGGAUGGCUCAGAUUGAGGACAAGGCCUGCACCAGAAUCGUCCGCUCCUUGGAGAAGAUCGCGGGCUACGUGCUCAGCAGCAACUCGCAGCAUGUGGCAGUGAACUCGAGGAACAUCGCCUUCGAGGCCUACUUGAUCAAGCCAGAGAGCUACACGGGGCUGAGCUGCACGGCCUUCCAGAAGCGAGACAGCGGGCGCCCAUCGCUGCAGGAGCAGGAGGCCGAGCCCCUGGCUGACCAGCAGCUGAAGUUCAGGUGCACCACGGGCCGUCCCAACAUCUCGCUAGCCAACUUCCACAUCAAGAACAGCAUCGCUCUGGCCUCCAUCCAGCUGCCCCCCAGCCUGUUCUCCACCUCGGCCCCGUUCUCCCUGCCCCAGGCCUGCAAGGUCCAGUUCCUGGUGUUCCGGAACGGCAAGCUCUUCCGCAGCACCGGCAACUCCUCCCGCCUGGCCGACAACGGCAAGCGCCGCAGCGUGGCCACCCCUGUGAUCUACGCCGGGACACAUGGCUGUGGGGUCAGUAACCUCACCGAGCCCGUCACUGUCUCGCUGCGCCACUUCAGGGAAGGGGCCGACCCCAUGCCUGCCCACUGGAACUUCGAAGUGCUGGGGGGCAACGGGGGCUGGAGCGCCGAGGGCUGUCAGCUGGCCCACCAGGAGCCCAACAUCACCACCCUGCUCGGCCGGCACCUGAAUAACUUCGCAGUGCUCAUGGAACUCAGCAAUUUCCCCAGUGAAGCACCAGGCCCAGCUGAGGUUCUGCAUCCUGUUCUUUACACCUGCACUGCCCUCCUGCUGCUGUGCUUGUUCACCACCAUCAUCACUUACAUCAUCAACCACAGCACCAUUCAGAUCUCCCGGAAGUGCUGGCACAUGCUGCUUAACCUCUGUUUCUACAUCGCCAUGACAUCGGCCGUGUUUGCGGGAGGCAUCACUCUGACCAACUACAUGAUUGUCUGCCAAGCAGUCGGCAUCAUUUUGCACUACUCCUCCUUAUCCACUCUUCUGUGGAUGGCAGUGAAGGCCAGAGUCAUCUACAAGGAGGUGACGUGGAAGGCGCCGCAGCAGCAGGAAGGGGACGUGCCGCAGCCAGCCCCUCGGCCCAUGCUACGAUUCUAUCUGAUUGCUGGCGGGAUCCCCCUCAUCAUCUGUGGGAUCACAGCGGCUGUCAAUAUCCACAAUUACCAAGAUAACAACCCCUACUGCUGGCUGGUGUGGAGGCCGAGCCUUGGGGCUUUCUACGUUCCUGUGGCUUUCAUUUUGCUCAUCACUUGGAUUUACUUCCUGUGCACUGGGGUCAACCUCUGGUGCCAGUCAAAGAACCAAAAAGACCCUCCAGUGCCCCUCGAGACCCCCCCAAGGUUGGGUGGCAGCAGCAACCUCUUGACAGACUCAGGCUCCAUCUCGGUCACCCUUAACUCCGGGACACCUAGCGCCGACGUGGAUGGCGUCUACUCGUUGAAGAUGCAGUUCUGGGCACUGCUGAUCACCCAUUUCUUGUACAUUGCACUGUGGACAUUUGGGGCCGUGGCCGUGUCCCAGCGCUGGUACCUGAACGUCAUCUUUAGCUGCCUCUACGGGGUAACGGCUGUGGCACUGGGGCUCUUCAUCUUCAUCCACCACUGUGCCCGGCGUCGAGACGUGCAGAACUCCUGGUUUGCCUGCUGCCCAUCCUACAGGAAUGCGCUGCCCAUGCAAGCCUAUGUCCACCCGGGCCUGACGGCAGAGGAGGGCUCGCAGAUCUUCAUCGGGUGCAACCCCGAGGUGGCUCAUUCCAUCAAGUCCUCUUCCUCACCCAGCAGCACCAACUCCACUGUGGGCCACUGCAAGCUCACCAACCUGCAGGUGGCUCAGAACCAGGCAGAGAGCUGCCCCCUACCACAGCCAGCCUGCUACGAAGAGACGGAGCCGGCCAACAACAAGAACGCCGGCGCGGCCAGGUAUGCUAACAACAUACAUGGGCGCAGGAACCACAAGAGCAGAACUAAGCAGUACCGGGAGGGGAAGCACCACCGCUUGAAGGUGCUGCGGGGGCCUUCUUCGGAUCACCCCUCCAGCGAGAGUGGAAGCCUCCACAACAGCCAUUCCGAGAGCUACCACAGCAGCAGAAACAGCCCCCUGAACAACAGCCGCCUAGGACCGAGGGUAGCAGCUGUGCAGGAGGGGGAUGCUGCUCUGACCCAAUCCGAAGGGAGCGACGGUGGUAGCAGCGGCCAUCGGGUUCCUGACUUCAGCAGAGCUCAGAGGAGAAGCGCUAGCAGGGACAACCUCAAACAGGCCCACACCAUCGAGAAAGAGACUAAGCGGAGAUCCUACCCGCUCAAUGUGGCCAACCAGAACGGGGGGCUGAAAGGCAGUAAGUACGAUAUAAACCUCACCGGUGCAGACAGCAUGGCCGGCAUGAAGACCGGCCUCUGGAAGAGCGAAACAACCGUCUAGAGCGCUGAAGGGGCCGGGCAGCUAGAGUAUCCCAGCAUGUUUCUCCUCGGGCAAAGGAGCAGCUCGCUCAGCCAGCGGCAGGGCGUGGGGAAUGGCGCUGCUAACUGAAGGCAGCUUCCAUCCGAGUCUAAGUGUGUUAUAAACAUGGAAGUGCACUACAGGGGCCUGGGUGGUACUGUCCAGGAUGUUUGAAUUCCUCUAUCAAUCAGCAGGUAACGGUGGGGCUUGUUCCACCUGGGUGCUGGAAUGGAGAGAGUCAGAGCACAGCACCCAGCUGAGCACAUCGACAAGCCUCAUCUAAUUCUCAAUGGACACAGGAGCACUAAGAUCUUAGGUGAAAGACAAUCAUUGCAAUUCAGGCUGCUGAGGGGCAAUCUUAUUUUAAUCACUUCUGCAUGUCACGGGAGACUGAUUCUAAAGGCUAUUUUAUAAAUCUACAGAAGAAAAAUGUUUAUUUUUCAAAUCUAUAUUAUUGUAUGUAUAUAUGUAUAGACUGACUGGUAGCUGAUGGAAGUGCCUCCAUGUUACACAAUCGGUGUUCUAGGAGCAGCGAGUCUCCCCUUAGGAGUUUUGGCAAGAACUUACUUUUGCCAUCCAGUGUCGGUUAGUAGACCGGAACUAGCGCCUUCGUGCAAAGACACUGCAGUAGAGAUGUGGCUGUUUCAUCCGUAUGAAAAACACAUUUUCAGACAGAGAGACUUUAAUGACAAGUAUUUGAGCUGACUGUUCUUAAAUGUAUAUUUAGCCCUAUGGGUUACUGAGCUACCAAAGUAAAAGUCAUAGUUAAAAA